GCAUAGCGUACUCUGAUCCACGUCGACCGCCCACGCCGAUACCUACAAGGAGAUCGUCUGGCACGUCGCUCUGUUGUUUCUCGCACGCCUGAGUAUCUGCACGACCUUGCAACGUUGAAUUCUGCUUGUUUUCUGACGCUGGUCGCGCUAUAUCUGAGCCUUAACGAAUUGCUGCUAUUCGACCAUCGCAAUGGCGGUCUUGUCUCUUCCGCUCACGUUCCAGAAUUCGUUCUGGACGCAAGAUUACAGAACAGGAUUGGAAGUGCUAUAUACCCAUCUAGACCAUGGUAUUCUUGAGAACGAAGAAAUCAUUGCUUUCAUCAGAGCCAGAGCCAUUGCUGAGGGUGCACUUGCUGCCGGUCUCACUGCUGGGGCAGCCACAGGCAAGGCAUUCGCUAACGAUGAGGGAGCCUCCCUUCACGUCGCAUUCCGUGGACUGAAGGAGGAGUCGAAGGCGCAGGGCAAGGUGCACGAAGUCGUUGCCAUGGAGCUGCAGAACAUGGUCGCUGGCCCAUUCGAGAAGUGGGCUAAUGGCUACAAGGAACGAUUGAGAGGGAGCAAACAUCACAUCCUCGAAAACUGGAUGGUUGCAUAUGAAAUGGCCCUAGCAGAUGUCAAGAAGCUGAAGAGCGAUUACAUCAACAAGACGCGCCGCGCAGACGAAGCAGAGGACGACGCGCGUUUUGCACCCAUCCCUCAAGCACCCGGAGAUAAGUACACGAUCUCGCCCAGUUUGCAACCACGAGACAAGCGCGCGAUGCCCACGCGCACACCGACAAUGUCAGAGCGCAUCUCGCAGCGCUUCAAGGAAUUGAGGCUCGGUGCUGCUGGAUUCUCGCACCCAGAGGAGGCCAAACCCGAAGUGCAAUUCGAUGCGGAAGCACAAGGUGCACCCAAGCUUGACAAGGGAAAGGGUCGGGAGAUUGAGGAAGUAGAAUCCCCUGCGCACAUGGCUUCCCCUCCACCGAUGUCUCCGCCAUUGCCUCCUGCUCGAUUGGACACUGAUGCACUGCUUCCGCCGCCUGCUCCUCUAAUAGUACUCGCGGGCGUCUCGUUCACGCCAGGUCUGGUUUCUGACAUGAUGAAACGAGCAAAGAAAGAGAUGCCACUCCGUUCGAUUCGGUUCCCGCUGAUCGGGGAGUAUCCCAAUUGUUUCAGCGGCGAAGACUUCGCGACGUGGUUGAGAGAGAAUGUGAAGGAGUUUGAGGGUAGCCUCGAUCGCGCCGAAGAAGCUGCAAAAGAGUUGAUAGAAAAGCAGAACUUGGCGCGUAGGAUCGGCGAGUUUGGCAAUGAGUUCGAAGACACAAAUGAGGCCUUCUACCAAUUCAGAACAAGGGCUUUCGAGCUUGAUGAACCGGUGCAUGUCGAGCAGGUAAUCUCUCCACUACAGAAGGAACUUGGUCCGCUUGCCGAGAAUGUCGCCAAGCGUGCCACAAACCUCGCAUCGCUCGUUUCCAAAGCACUGAAUGCGAACGGUACCAACGAGCCGGCUCAUAUUCGCGCUCGCCGCGAGGCCGAUAUAGCGGACAGAGAGUACCGUGUUGCUGUGCGAAAGCUCGAUCGGCAGCGGCUCGCACUGGAGGAACGAAUUGAAGACACUCUCAAGACGUUGCAGAAAUGGGAAGUGGACAGACUACGUGCAGCUAAGACUGUCCUUAAGCAGUAUUAUGACGUCCUGGCUGAGUUUUCCAAGUCUUACGUUCCCUCUCUCGAGCGUUCCUCAACGCUCAUCGACUCUUAUCAUCCCGAGGCAGACAUCAAAGUUUUCAUCGAACUGCACCGGACCGGAUCAUUCCGCCCUGAACCUCAGGUGUACGACCCUGUUACGCACGACGAGUCCGAUGUGGUGUUCGGGAUCGACCUUCGGCGGUGGGCGGACAGUGGCCUGUGGCCAGCGAAUGUUCCGGAAGACCAGAAAGAUGACAUCCCGCCUGCAUUGACUGCUAUGCUACAUGCUCUGGAGCAGGCAUAUACCAGGUUGCCCAAUGACCUCGAGCGACGCAAGGCUUGGAUCUAUGACGUUCCUCUGCCGGCUGUCCAUCACCUACGGGAGAGUAUGAACGCUAUCCCUCCCGAGCAGCCAUUGCCGGAGGACAUGCUGGCCAAGUAUGACGCUCCCGUCUUGGCAAGUGCCAUCAAGUUAUGGGCUUUGGAACUUGACCCUCCUAUCGCCAUGUACGAGGGCUGGGACGAAUUUCGCAAGCUUUAUCCGAUAAUGGGCUCUGGUACCAAACCCGAGGAGACGUCUGAGGAGCAGCAUAUCCAAGACGUUCAGGGUGCUCUUCAGCAUUUACCCAAGGUCCACCUAAUGGUCCUGGACACUAUCGUCAAACAUCUGAAGGAACUCAUUGCUUCUACUCCUGAAGCUGAGAGUGAAGAAUCCAAUGAAAUUUACACAACUAAGCUUGCACUCACUAUGGGAAGAGCCAUUCUCAGGCCGAAACAAGAGAACGAGUUCUCGAUUCAGGAUCGCCACCCUACACUGUUGUUCAUCGAACUGCUUGACAAGUACGACGCAAUUCUGCCGCCCACCAUUGAGAGGAAAAGGCGCGAAUCGCAGCGGAAGAUGCCGGCGAGGCGGCGCACACGCCCUGUCGACAUGCGUAUGAGUCAGACCGAGCACGACGCGAGCAUUGCGGAUAUUUCCCUGCCGCUCUCUACUCGUGAACACGCUCCGACUCACCCUGCGUUCAAGGAGCCUCCCCCGGAAACGGACAACUUACCUCGUCCCAUAUUCCGGGAGCCGCCGCCUGAGCCGCCAUCACCUACGUCGGCCAGGCCUUCAUUCGCAUCGCCCCCUCCUGAGCCAGAGUCGCCUGAACUUCCCGUACCGCCCUUCAAGGAGCAGUCCGCAGAAAGAGACGAAUCUGAAAGGCCAGCUUCCCCUCGCGUGUCUAUAUACGAUUCUCGGAGCCCUUCACCGCCGAAAACGUCUGGUACAUCCCCAACGCCUGCAUUUGGCGCGCGAAUCGCUAGAGCUCCUCGGGUGGGCGGCGGCGGCAGCGUGAGCAGCAUGGUCAACAACCUUAACAGGCGGUCUGUGCAGGGCCCACGCUCGGGCUCGCCUGGGUCCAUCGGUAGUGCAGGUGGCUUGUCGCGGGCAGGCUCGCGAACACAUGCGCCCCACAGUGGGAAGCGCGUCGGUGUCAACCGUUCGGCCGACCUUUCGAAGGAGGACGAUGACGAGUGA